UUAGAUACUCUACGUGGCAAAUAGUCAUCAAGACAAGAAAAGUCAAAACCCUAAAGUAGACACACUCCUUGUCUUUAUUUCUUCUAACAUCAGUUUCAGGCUUCUUCAGCAUGCUCUAACGCCUGAGCUCAAUCUAUUUCGCCGUCGCUGCAACGUUCUCAUCUACACUGUGCCCACUAUUAACAUCACCGCCUCCAGCUGAUCUUCCGAUUGAAAGAUGGCAGCUUUGAAAGGUUACGGCUUGAUCUCCAUCGACUCUGCCCUCCAUUUCCCUCGCUCACAUCAACUCGAGGGCUACAAGAGAAGGAAUCUGAAAUGGGUCUCUCCAAAAGCAGCUGUAGUACCUAACUUCCAUCUCCCAAUGCGCAGUCUCGAGGACAAAAACAGGACGAACACAGAAGACAUAAGGUCCCUCAAAGUGAUCACAGCCAUCAAAACACCGUACCUCCCCGACGGAAGAUUCGACCUCGAAGCAUACGACGAGCUAGUCAACACACAGAUAAUCAAAGGCGCUGAAGGUGUGAUCGUCGGUGGUACAACCGGGGAAGGCCAGUUAAUGAGCUGGGACGAACACAUAAUGCUCAUAGGCCACACCGUGAACUGCUUCGGCGCAAGAAUCAAAGUCAUUGGGAACACCGGAAGCAACUCAACAAGAGAAGCCAUCCACGCCACCGAGCAAGGGUUCGCCGUGGGGAUGCACGCUGCUCUCCACAUCAACCCCUACUACGGCAAAACAUCUAUAGAAGGCAUGACUGCUCACUUUCAAACCGUUCUCCACAUGGGACCGACGAUUAUAUACAACGUCCCUGGUCGAACGAAUCAAGACAUACCUCCACAGGUUAUCUUUAAGCUCUCUGGGAAUGUUAACUUGGCUGGUGUUAAGGAGUGUGUGGGUAAUGACCGUGUUGAAGAGUAUACUGAGAAGGGUAUCGUUGUGUGGAGUGGGAAUGAUGAUCAGUGCCAUGACUCUAGAUGGGAUCAUGGAGCGACCGGAGUUAUAUCGGUGGUUAGCAACUUGGUUCCAGGGUUGGUGAGGAAGUUAAUGUUUGAAGGUAGAGACUCGGCGUUGAACGCAAAGCUUCUGCCUUUGGUGGAUUGGGUGUUCCAGGAACCGAAUCCUAUUGGUGUGAACACGGCUUUGGCGCAGCUAGGAGUUGCUAGGCCGGUGUUUAGGCUGCCUUAUGUGCCGUUGCCUGUGUCGAAAAGGGUUGAGUUUGUUAAACUUGUGGAGGAGAUUGGAAGGGAGCAUUUUGUAGGGGAGAGAGAUGUUCAGGUGCUUGAUGAUGAUGACUUCAUUUUAAUCGGAAGGUAUUAGAUAUACCUUGGUUCUGUUUAUAGUUCUCUUUGGCUAAUGAGAAACUUACAGAUGGAUCAUGUAGUUGCUAUGUUCUGUUGCUCUUGUGAUAAAUCUGGUUGUUUUUUUUUUUACUUACUAUCUGUUAUGGGGAUGAUUCUGUUUUUGUAUCUGCUUGUUUGGCUCUAUCAAUGUUUUAAAAAUCAGUCUA